GACGUGCGUGAGCGCGCCGGGCCGCGUGGAGGCAGUUCGGCGGAUGGAGGUCAGCGAGGGUGAUCGCUGCACCAGGCUGGCGUCAUGGAGAGGCUGGGUGGCUGAGCGGAACAAGACUGGGCAGACUUGUUGAGAGAAACGUGGAUAUGUAGCAUAUUCUCGAAGAAGGACUUCGGAAUCGCUUGCUAGGAGCCUUACCUCCCUCCCUCUCCCGACGCCCGCCAUCAUGGCCGUUCGCCUGAUGAAGCAGUGCACAUGCCUGCUGAGAGAAGCUACUCGCCUGGUCCCUACCAUUGCUCCAGUUGCCCGACUGAGACUUGCUGGGGUGGCCUGUAAGACUCUGACCUCCUCAGUCAGCUCCCCCUCUUCAGGUUCCUUGACGGAGCUGUUGGGAAAAGAGCAAGUGUUUACCCCCUACCCAGAGCACCAGGAGGUGGACUGCCUCAUCGAGAAAGCCACCAGGCCAGAGGAGCUGCUAGAACUGCUAGGUGGGGAUCAUCACCUGCACCACAAUCACGCAGCCCUCAUCCUCAUCCGGCUGUCUUACCUGCUGUCCGAGAAGCCAAAGGAAAAGGCCUUGCUUGUAGAGGAUGCUCGCUUUCAGCAGCUUGUCAGCCAGGUCAACAGUCAGAUAACUUCGGUCUGGCACGGGACCCUCGUGAAGCUGCUGCGGAGCCUGUACACGCUAGGGCUCCCUCAGACCUCCAAGGAGCUGCAGUCGGUGGAGCAGGAAGUGCGCUGGCGUCUGCGGAGGCUCAAGUACAAGCACUUGGUCUACCUGGCUGAGUCCUGUGCCGCCUUCAUGCGGGAGCAGCACUCCCAGGAGCUGCUGGCGGAGCUGCUGCUGCACCUGGAGCGGCGCUGGACCGAGAUCAGUGACAGCCGCACAGUGGUGACCGUGAUGGUGAAGGCGGGACACCUCUCAGAGUCACUGAUGAACCGCCUGGAAGACAAGUGCCUGGAGCUGGUGGAGCAGUUUGGCCCUGAGGAGCUGCGGAAGGUGCUCGUGACACUGGCGGCACAGAGCCGGCGGUCGGUGCCCCUGCUGCGGGCCAUCUCCUACCACCUGGUACAGAAGCCCUUCCCGCUGACGAAAGGCGUGCUGCUGGACCUGGCCUAUGCCUACGGUAAACUCAAUUUCCACCAAACCCAAGUGUCCCAGCGCCUAGCUGCUGACCUCCUGCCCUUCAUUCCCAGCAUGACACUUGGCGAGGUGGCCCGUUGCGCCAAGUCCUUUGCCUUCCUCAAGUGGCUCAACCUGCCCUUGUUUGAAGCCUUUACUCAGCACCUCCUGAGCAGGGCCCAGGACGUCUCCCUGUCCCACCUGUGCAGCCUUCUUCUCGCCUUCGCCCGUCUCAACUUCCAUCCUGAACAAGAGGAUCAGUUCUUCAACUUGGUACACGACAAGCUGGACUCUGUGCUGGGGAGCCUGGAGCCAGCCCUGCAGGUGGACCUCGUGUGGGCGCUGUGUGUGCUACAGCAGGUUCGAGAAGCCGAGCUGCAGACAGUUCUCCACCCUGGACUUCACCAACAAUUCCUAGGGAGCAAGUCUCCAAAGGAGCAGAGCACCUUCCAGAAGUUGGUCCACAUCAACACCACUGCCCUGCUGGAGCACCCCGACUAUAAAGGUCCUUUCCUGCCAACCUCAGCUGUAGCCCUCAGCCCCUCGUCCUCUAGCAGGAAGAUGACCCCGCUCCAGAAGGAGCUGCAGGAGACGCUGAAGACACUGCUGGGGAGCACUGACCAGGGCAGCCUGGAGGUGGUCACCCAGUAUGGCUGGGUGCUGGAUGCAGAGGUGCUCCUGGAUGCCGAUGGCCACUUUCUGCCCCCGAGGGAUUUUGUAGCUCCUCACCUUGCCCAGCCAGUUGGGAACAAGCCACUGCCCCCAGGAGCCAAAAGGAUCGCUUUCCUGCGCUGGGAGUUCCCUAACUUCAACAGCCGAAGCAAGGACUUGUUGGGCCGUUUCGUCCUGGCCCGUCGACAUAUGCUGGCUGCAGGCUUCCUGGUAGUAGAUGUCCCAUAUUAUGAAUGGCUGGAUCUCAAGUCUGAAUGGCAGAAAGGCGCCUACCUCAAGGACAAGAUACGAAAAGCAGUGGCUGAGGAGCUAGCCAAAUGACCUUUCCCAUCAGUUCAAGCUGCACCCCAGAGACCUGACUGCUCAGUGGCCCGGCAGAGUGCUAGGCAAGCCAGAGUUGUCACCCUCAAGGAUGAACCGUCUCUAUAGGACCUUGGGCAGCAGCUCCAAAGGACAGGUGGUCCUAAUAAAUCUCUGGUUUUGGUGGAUGCCAGGUAUCCUCCUAGGCUCUGUAUCUAUCUCCUCUGCCCCGCCCCCCUCCAUUCUGGACACAGACUCUAUCUGAUCUCCUUCCCAGCUCUCCAGGAUUUUACCCAGUGCGCUGUCCUCCCCCAACUCUCCGAUAGUGCCUGUGUGAUGCAGCGAAGCAGAGGAGGCCUGGCUUGAGACAGGAAACCUGGAUGUAAAGGGGAGGGUCCUAGACAGCAGAGUUCUAGUUAUGAUCCUGAGAGGUUCCCUCCCAUGUCCAUGUGACUAGAGAGUAUCUAAUGGUAACGGGAGGUGUGGGAGCAUUUGGAAGGCCCUGAUCCUGGAAAAAGAGAAAAAUCCACUUGGCUGAUGUCACUCUCAUAACUACCUUAACCACAGCCAACUCAGAAACCACCAAUUCAAGAUGGAGGCCUGAGCCCUUGCUGCUGUGAAUAGCAACAGAGUGCAACCUUUGCAGGAGACGCCCAUAGGCAAAGCUUGCCCAAAGGGGAGGCGGAGGACAGAGGAGGGUCUUACCUACUCUGUACAUUGCCCCAAGCACCAGCCUGAGCCCUGUGUGUGGCUUAGCACUCCUGCUGGCCUGCCCAAGCCUGCUGGUUGUCACAGAGGUGAAGAGAAAACAGAAAAGUGGCUGCAGCUGGCUGGAGGGGAGGAACAGCUGGCCACAGCUUGUCUGAGUUGAGGUGAGGCAGACAUAGAGGGCUGACAAGGCAGCUGGGGUGGCCUGUUGGUGUGUGAGGAAAUAAAGAUUUGUGCUGCUCACCA